AGUUCCGCAGAAUUGUCACAAAAACGACUGACAUACACAAAGUGCCCCCCGCAAUACAAAAAGUUUUGAUAAAAGAUAAAAUGUGUUUAUAUUCGGUGCAUUAAUGUGUUUUAAUUUAAGAAAUAAUGUUUGUUAAACCGUUUAGAGUAUCGCCAUUGAGAGAUUUCGUUUUAAAUCGUUUCUGAGAUGGUUUAAAAAUGAUUAGUAGAUUGGCGUUUUUUCGAUUCGCCAUCGUACUGGUAUGUUGUAUAGGUUUUUUACUAUUAAAUCAGAAUGUUAAACAACCCCAAUAUGUGAGAAACGUUAAGUAUACGGAACCUAUACAGAUUCGUGAAAUUUUUAAUAAUUACACUCCGUAUGUAACCAUAAGAGAUAUCAUCAAACAACAAGAUGAUUUAACGAAACAUAAUUUUGUUAAUUUUCCUUUUAAAAAACGAGCGAAACUCAAAGAUUAUCAAUUAAGUUAUGGGGGUACACCGCUACGAUCAAUUAUUUUAACUACUUGGAGGUCGGGUUCGACUUUUUUAGGCGACGUACUUAACGCUUUACCUGGAAAUUAUUACCAUUACGAACCAUUGUUACAUUUCGGAAUUGUAAGAGUACGUGGUCCGCCUUUAGCCAGAUCAGCGUUGAAUACACUAAGGAAAUUAUUAGCAUGUGAUUACAAAGAUUUGGGUGAUUAUUUGCAUUAUGGACGAUCACAUUAUAAUUUAUUCACACAUAAUCAUCGAUUGUGGAAUCAAUGCGAACAGUACCCACGGUUUUGUUUUAAUUCAACAUUUUUAAGUGAAUUUUGUAAAUUAUUCCCGUUUCAAUCAAUGAAAGUGGUUAGAUUAAGUUUAAAAUUGGGAAAAAAUUUAUUAAAAUAUGAUCCAAACGUAAAAAUACUCCUUUUAGUGAGAGAUCCUCGGGGUACACUGCAAUCUCGAAAACAUCGUGAUUGGUGUCCAGGUAUUGACGAUUGUGAUAAACCUGAAGUACUCUGCGAUGAUUUAGUUGAAGAUUAUCACUUGGCUCUUAAAUUACAAGCUUUAUUUCCUGAUAGAUUUCGGGCAAUUCGUUACGAAGACUUAUCAUUAAAUCCAUAUGAUUAUGUUCGAAAUAUUUUUAAGUUUUUUGGGUUAUAUUUACACCCGGAUGUUCUUCAAUUUCUCGAUACUCACACAAAAGCGAACGUUGGAGGCGUUUCGAGUACUUUUAGAGAUUCUAAAAGUGCCCCAUUCCACUGGAGAUACGAUUUAAAUUUUUCCGAAGUUGAAGAGAUACAGAUGAUUUGUUCGGAAGCAAUGAAAUUAUGGGGAUAUACUAAAGCAAUAAACGAGACUCAUUUGAGGGAGUUUAAUCCGUUGGGUUGGGUGGAAUUUUAACAAAAAUUGAAGGUGUUUGAGGGUAGGCAAUGUUUUCUUAAUAACGAAUAGAUUGUGCCUUGGAUUAGAUUUUUAUUAAUCAAUUUUUUUAUUUAAAACGUUGAGUGAAGCUCAUAGCUCAGUAAAGACAAUGCACAAUUAGGAUUAUUAAUAAAAUUAAUGAAAAGGGGUAGUUUUUAAUGAAUUAACACUGAAAUAUGUGAAUACUCACGCAAAGCAAGCCACACAAUCACAAUUUGGGCUUCCACAAAGUAGAAAGUAUCCUCAAAAAAUAAAACGAGUAAUUAAAUCAAUUAUUAAAAAUUCUAACCUGAAAUUAUUUCGGUUUACGAGUAUUUUUAGCUUAAAAACUCAAGGUACAUAAAAACUAAAUAAUCGACGAACAAAAAAACGGGCUUAUUAAUUAAGAAUAAAAAGAACAAGCUUAAAAAAAGA